CGUUUGCUUCGACUGCGCUGCUGGGUCGAAUUAAAAAAUGAAUUCUAGACCGAAAAAUAGUAAAUUUCACCGCCAAACACAGCGGAUCCUUGACAGACGACCGAAUGAAAUUGUUCCAGUUGGUGCUUGGGUUGAGCAUUGUCCACAAAAUGAUAAUGACGCAUUCCCAGCCGUGGUGUCAGCCCAAUAUGAGGAAGAACGCCUGCAUUUGAUACAAGCAGAGAAAGAAGCGAAGCUCGCAAAGUUCAGACAGGAAGUAAGGUCAAGGGUCAGGGAACUGCAAUGGAUUAAAAAACAGAAACAACUCCAAGAGUCUUUUCAAGCGGUGAAUUUGCAAGGUCGGGUCGUCCAUCGCACUACACCCUCGGCCAACAUCCUCUCUCAUCGCAAAGACACCUGUAUCUACCAGAAUAGUGAGCCCCAUGCCAUAGGCCGGGAUGCUCCCAAGCCGACCCCAGAUGCCUGGGGGAGUGAUGGACAAGGUGAUAGGGGACUGGGUGUUGGGCAGCAGGUCAGAGAACAGGCUGGAAUGACAAGGAGACUGGUGCAGAAGGCUAAGCGUGAUUUGGCUGCCAAACAGCUGGCAAUCAAGCCUAAGAUUGAUCAUCAUAGUGUUCCAGGUGGUAUAUGGGAUGCAACCUAUGUAAACAAAGGUGAUGGCAAUCCAAUGGAUUCUACAUCUAGGGUCACUGACCUUGAGACGACUGCAACCACUGAAAGUGAUAAAAGACUUGUCCAUGAUGCUAUAGAAGAAGGACUAUAUGAUGAGAGCAGUGGCAGCGACCCACACCACCAGAUCAGAGAAGCAGGAGAGCUUGCAAAGUCCAAGCAUGUGACCUUUGCCCCCAGACUUCAGAGGUCACCUCACCAAAGUUCAAGAGUCAAAGGUCAUUACCAUGGACACGGGGACCAAGAAGACAUGGGUGACCUUCAGGGUCUUCACCUUGAGACUGACUCGACAAACCUCGGAGUUGAUCCACAGGAAGAUAUACCUUACAGCCAUUACAAUGGUGGUGGAGAUGUCAAAGGUCAUGUCGUAAUGGCUGAUGGGGUCAAGGGUCAUGUGCCAGAGGUCAACCCAGGUGUGGUAGCUGAAGAGCUUAGAAGACAGCAUGGUAUGCAGUUCUCAAUGUACAGGAGACUCUACAUGGACAUUGAAAGGGAACAAGUCAGAGAGAACAUGAGAAAGAAAACACAUCAAAAGAAGAUGCAGGAGUUGAAGAAAGCCAAGGAGCAGGAGAGACAGGAGGUAGAGCACCAAUCACAUCUGAUGAGUCACCCUCCUGACAUCAUGAGAGAGACGGACUACGAUAGGAAACAGAGAGAAGCAGAAGAAGCUGAAGAAAUUCACAGGAUACAGACCAGACUGAGACAGAAGAACAAAGAAACAAAGAGGUUUAUCCAUGCACUGCGAGCAAUGAUGAAGGAGCGUAUCAAGUUAUUAGGCAUCACUCCUCCACCCCUGUGUGCCUGUGGACCAUCUGUAUGGGAUGCUAAUCCUGAGACGUGUGCUAAUAACUGCAUCUUCUACAAGAAUCCUAAAGCUUAUGCCAAGGCACUUGCAUCUAUCCUCACACUCAAUGAUACGGGGUGAAUACUGGAUGCAACCCUCACCAUGACAUGUGGCUAUCUUCAUUCAAAGUCUGUAAGUGUAAUUGCAAGUGGCUUUGAUAGAAGGUUAUUCCUUGAUUUUUUUUAAAUCAAGAUUUAUAUUUUUGACAUCAUAGAAUGAAAAAGUGAAAAUUAUGAAAGGUCACUCAUCAAAACAGCAUCUUGAUGGUAAAGGCCAAGCUGGUAUACAACAAUUACCUGGGAAACAUUUUACAUCUAGGUUAAUCAGUCAUUACUGAAGAUCGACGGCAAUCUGCUACCAUAUGUGACAGAAGAACAUUCGGUCGUUUGUUCAAGAAUAAUUUUUUUUUCUAAAUACCUUAAUCAAUAAAAGCAUGUUAAAACAAUCAUGAAAUGUCCAUCCUGAAAACAACGUGAAGCUCUCGUUAUUGAAGAUCUAGGACAAUCUGACAAUGCAACUGCAGCUCUCUUUGAUAGAAGGUCAUUCCCUUAUGUUUGUUUGAGAAUUGUAUUUUUUGAUAGAUCCUACACUGUAGCAUAGUUUCUGUAAAGGGAUUAGUUUUCUUUGUGUUUUCUUCCAAUUCAAGAACACAAGCCAGGUCAUUGCUCUGGCAUUCAGGUUUCUUAAUAACUGAUGCGCAUACCAUGUUAUGUGCAUGGCAAGCCGCUUUGAAAACAAAAAUGAAUAAAACAUCUUUUUUUUUCAUAAAUUGUGUCGAAUUUGUAGACUUCAUGUAUGUUGUUUACUUAAAAUUAUAGCAGUUUUAGGGCCAAUCAUUAAAGGCGUCAUUCAAAAGCUUGCCAGGAGGCCCCUUACACCAUGCCAUUAUGUUGUAUGCUUUGCUCGCUAUGCAUGUUGCAUAAAGGAACCGUACAAAUUACUGAUAGCAAAUGCAGCACUUUAAAUAAAACUGAUUUAGAACUCUUUCUCUAUGAAAAGGGACUUUAGUAUAAAUGUGACCUACCACUCCAAAACCACCAAUAAGUCCCCAGGUAAGGUUCUCUGUAAAAAGCCAAAAUAUUAAUCUAGUAUCCAAAAACCAAAAAUAAAAGCUAACCAAAAAAUAAGAUAAUAAAAGCUUAUCUGAAAGAGCAAUUCUUCCUCUUCAUACUGUGAAAAUUUGCAUUCGUAAAGUUGAAUACGAGAAAAGAUAACAAGAGUUUCUAGGACACUACUUUUUCUGACUGCCUGGAAGUUUCACUGAGAUUACAUGUAUGUACAUCUCAUGCUUGAGUGAACCCCAAACUUCAAACCCUGUUUUCUCCUUAUGUUUUGUUUUUUAGCUCUUGCUGAAUUUCUCUGCAUUCAAUUAAUUACUUGCAGUGGUUAUUAAUUAUUGGUCAAUUUUAACAUAUUAUAUAUCACUUCAAAGCUUAAGAAGUGAAUUUUCAAGCUCAAUAAAAUAUCAAUAUUCAUUUUGAUUGACUUACUGUUGGUUUUGGGGUGGAAGGUCACAAAUGCAUUAUCUGUCAUUGCUUGAGCCCUCUACACCACUAGGCAUAUAAAGAAUACAUUUGCAUGUAAUCCCAUACCCCCUAUUUUAAUUUUGAUUUUAAUUUUGUAUUUGUUAGCAAACAGCAUAUACAGUUGAGGCCAGUAGUUCACAUACACUUAGGAAAUUCAAAGAAGAGUUGACACUUAACCCUAUCUAGGCCGGGGUAUUUUGGGAGUUC